AUGUUUGUGUUACCUCCCCCGCCACGAUAUCCCACCAUGGGGCCUUAUGGCGCCGGUGGCAUACAUCCUGUUCCCAUGAUAGAGACAAACAAUACGUUAUCGAAUCCGACAGGUCCCGAAUGGCAAUUCCUGGUUGGAGAAGGCACGUAUACACUUAAAGAAGACCUACAUCUUGCGACACCUCCGCCCCAUCCUUCCGAAGCCACCGUCCCCAACCCGAACCCGCUAUCGACUCUCCCGCAGCCUGCCAGCGCCGGUACCUCAGUCUCUCUCAUCGCCCUUGAGAGUCGUCCGGCUCCAAACUUUCUGUAUAGAGGACUCUCUUCGACCACCCUCGCCCUGAGUGGCGCGCCAUCCAGUAUUCAGGAGCAUCCCAACGAGGGCCGCUACUCUGCCGAAAAUGGCAAGACGAGUGAGGAGGGCCGUACCGGUUCGACAAGUGAUGCUCAGGCUACCUCCAUUACCAUUGGUUCUGCACCUGCUUUUGGCGAAGGCAAUGCUUUGCUUACCCAGGUGCCGACCAAGGAUGUGAACAAGAAGAGAAAGCCCAAGAACAACAUGACAAAGAGCAACUCGUCUUUCAUCUCUCGCGUUAUUGUUAACGAAAGCCUGUCUAAGAAACUUACAGAGCGAUCCAAUGAUGGCCUCUUUGCUUUUGCAAACAUUAACCGCGCCUUCCAGUGGCUUGACAUGUCAUCGUCAUCAAAGCAAGACUAUCUGACCAAGAUUCUUUUCACGAAAGCGCAUUGUCUAUGUCAUGAUGUUAAUGUCCAUACCAAGAGCGUCUCGCAUCUGGAUGUUAUAAUGGGCUUCUCAACUGGAGAGGUUAUCUGGUGGGAGCCGAUCUCGCAGCGAUAUACACGACUGAACAAAAAUGGCGCAAUUAAUGGAACACCAGUUGCGGCGAUCCGAUGGAUUCCAGGAUCAGAAAACCUAUUCCUAGCUGCCCACAUGGAUGGGUCGCUGGUCGUGUAUGACAAGGAAAAAGAGGAUGCUCAGUUCAACCCCGAAGACGAAGCGAUUAAUGGAAAUGUGAAUGGGACGAGUGGUGAGUCGUUAGAUGCCAGCAAUGGCGGAGCUCAUCACAAUUCUAUUCGAAUCAACAAGUCAGUGCAUUCCAAAAAUCAAAAGGUCAAUCCAGUCGCCGCCUGGAAGUUAUCCAACCAUCGAAUCAACGCCUUCUCCUUCUCGCCUGAUAACCGACACUUGGCUGUUGUGUCCGAGGACGGCACGCUAAGAAUCAUUGACUAUCUGAAGGAAGAGCUGCUCGACGUGUUCUAUUCCUAUUACGGAGGACUAACAUGUGUUUGUUGGUCCCCAGAUGGCCAAUACGUAUUGACUGGUGGACAAGACGACUUGAUAUCAAUAUGGUCACUGUCGGACUCGGCUCUGGUAGCUAGAUGCCAGGGACACCAGUCUUGGGUAUCAGCCGUUGCCUUUGACCCUUGGAGAUGCGAUGAGCGAAACUAUCGUUUCGGUAGCGUGGGAGAAGACGGGCGUCUUUGUCUGUGGGACUUCAGCGUCGGCAUGCUUCACCGACCCAAAGCGCGAGCUGAGACGGCCACCACGUCCAACUCAAGGUUGCGAUCAAACUCGAACCUAGAUACCGAAGACGAGGAAAUGGCUAUCGCACACCCUGUGGAGCCGCGGGCCAGAAUUCCUAUGCUCCCUCCCGUACUUCUUCAAGUCGAUCUUCCGGUCCGAUUGGACUAUUAA